UUACUCCUCCCCUCCCCCUCCCUGCCUCUCUGCAAACCACAAACAAGAACAGGAAGAAGGAAGGAAAAUAAAUAAAAAAAAUAAAAAUCAAAAAAAAGGUGGGGGUGAAAAUGCUCCACGUCGUCCUCAGCUAUCUGACCCCCGCCGUCCUCUUCCUCCUCCUCAACCUCGUCAUCGGCACCAUUGCUUUCAUCUCCUCCCGUGGGCCCCGCAACGAAGCCGGGCCCGCUCCCAAGCUCUCCCGCUCCCCUUCUUCCCUCCUCUUCGAGCGCCUCAAAUCCUUCAACCUCUACUCCUCUCACCGCCCAACCGAACCCCAAACCGUCGAAACACCCGAACCCGAAUCAGAAACUCAGCCCGAACCCGAAUCCAACCCCGAGCCCGAACCCGAUGAGAACUGCAACAUAACACGAAGCCGGUCGGACACGAAACCGGCGGCAGGGGAGAUGCCGGCGAAACUGGCGAGGAAGUUGAAAAAGUCGGCGACUUUGAAGUCGGCUUUCAAUCACUUCGAGUUUGAGGCGGCGGCGGGGGGGGAGAGGAGGAGGACGGCUGUGGAGGAGGAGGCGGAGGAGGUGGAUGCUAGGGCCGACGAUUUCAUCAACAGGUUUAACCAGCAGCUGAAGCUUCAGAGACUGGACUCCAUUAUUAGGUACAAGGAGAUGAUUAGUAGAGGAAAUUAGAAUCUAGGGUUCGAGGGUUAGGAAUAAAUAAUCCCAUGCUUUUUUAUUCGUUGAGGGGAUCUCUGCUUAGCUUAGCUCGUUGUUGGAGGGGGGCAGGGCUUUUAUUUUUGUAUAAAUCGAGGUGGAAAUUAUGGCGUUAUUUGUUUUCAGGCUUUAUUUCUUAGAACUUAGGAUAAUGUUAGCACGUCUGUCCUUAUGUUUUGAGGAAUUACAUAUCUUAAGCUUGUUUGGUUUUUUGAA